GGAACCAAUUAUAUGAGGCUACUAGUUCAGUCCGCCGCUGAACACGUUGUAUAUCCGGUUGGGUUGCAGUCGUAGCAAUAAUGGCAGCGUUUUCUGAAAUGGGGGUUAUGCCUGAAAUUGCGCAGGCUGUGGAAGAGAUGGACUGGCUGCUGCCUACUGACAUCCAGGCAGAGUCUGUUCCCCUCAUUCUUGGUGGAGGAGAUGUGCUUAUGGCAGCAGAAACUGGAAGUGGUAAAACAGGAGCCUUCAGUAUCCCACUGAUCCAGAUUGUGUAUGAGACACUGAAGGAUCAGCAGGAGGGCAAGAAGGGAAGGGCCUCUAUCAAAACUGGAGGAGCUAUUUUCAACAAUUGGCAGAUGAAUCCUUAUGACCGUAGUCCAGCCUUUGCAAUUGGUCCAGAUGGAAUGUCCUGCCAGAGCAGGGAGUUUAAAGAGUGGCAUGGCUGUCGGUCUACUAAAGGUGUCACUAAAGGGAAGUACUAUUAUGAGGUGACCUGCCAUGAUCAGGGUCUGUGUCGAAUUGGCUGGUCCACCAGUCAGGCAGCACUAGACUUGGGAACUGAUAAGUACGGCUUUGGUUUUGGGGGGACUGGAAAGAAAUCCAACAACAAGCAAUUUGACAGCUAUGGCGAGGAAUUUACCAUGCAUGAUACUAUUGGAUGCUACUUGGAUCUAGACAAGGGCCAAAUUUCCUUCUCCAAAAAUGGCAAUGACCUUGGUUUGGCUUUUGAGAUCCCUCAAAAUAUGAGGAAUCAGCCUUUCUUUGCCUCCUGUGUGCUCAAGAAUGCAGAGCUGAAGUUCAACUUUGGAGCAGAAGGGUUUAAACAUCCACCUAAACCUGAGUUUGUUGCCCUGGAUCAAGCAUCAGACGGUCACACAGUCAAAUCUUCACAGACAGGCAGUGCUAAAGUCAGUCAGGUGAAAGCAUCAUCCAACGCACCCAAAGCCCUGAUCAUCGAACCAUCUAAGGAAUUAGCUGAGCAAACUCUGAACAAUGUUAAGCAAUUUAAGAAAUAUGUGGACAACCCCAAACUCAGGGAGUUGCUGGUGAUUGGUGGUGUGCCUGCCAAAGAGCAGCUGUCUGCCCUGGAACAGGGGGUUGACAUUGUGGUGGGAACACCGGGCAGACUGGAUGACCUUGUAUCCACUGGGAAAUUCAGCCUGUCCCAAGUUCGCUUUCUGGUCCUGGAUGAGUGUGAUGGCCUCUUGACAGCAGGUUAUACAGACUUUAUCAAUAGGAUCCAUAACCAAAUCCCACAGGUCACCUCUGAUGGCAAGAGACUGCAGGUGAUUGUGUGCUCUGCCACUCUGCAUUCAUUUGAUGUGAAGAAACUUUCAGAGCGCAUCAUGCACUUUCCCACAUGGGUGGACCUGAAGGGCGAAGACUCAGUUCCAGAGACUGUCCAUCAUGUGGUGGUGCCUGUCAAUCCAAAGAUAGACCGUCUCUGGGAGCGUCUGGGCAAGAACCGCAUCCAGACCGAUGAAGUCCAUGCCAAAGACAACACCAGACCAGGAGCCAAUUCUGCAGAAAUGUGGUCAGAAGCUAUCAAGGUGCUGAAGGGCGAGUACACAGUGAGGGCCAUCAAAGAGCACAAAAUGGAUCAGGCCAUAAUUUUCUGUCGCACCAAGAUCGACUGUGACAACAUGGAACAGUACUUCAUCCAGCAAGGAGGAGGCCCUGACAGCAAAGGCCACCAGUUAUCUUGUGUUUGUCUCCAUGGUGAUCGUAAGCCCAAUGAACGAAAAAAUAACUUGGAGCGUUUCAAGAGAAAGGAAGUGAGACUUUUGAUCUGCACAGACGUUGCUGCCAGAGGAAUCGACAUCCACGGAGUUCCUUAUGUAAUUAAUGUCACCCUGCCAGAUGAGAAGCAGAACUACGUCCAUCGUAUCGGCAGAGUUGGAAGAGCUGAGAGAAUGGGCCUAGCCAUCUCAUUGGUUGCUAUGGAGAAGGAGAAGGUUUGGUACCAUGUUUGCCCAAACCGAGGCAGAGGUUGCUACAACACCCGGCUGAAGGAGGAUGGAGGAUGCACCAUCUGGUACAAUGAGAAAGAGCUCCUGUCAGAAAUUGAGGAGCACCUGAAAUGCACAAUCACCCAGUGUGAGCCAGACAUUAAAGUACCUGUGGAUGAUUUUGAUGGAAAGGUUACCUAUGGUCAGCGCAAAGCAUUGGGAGGUGGUAACUACAAGGGCCAUGUGGAUGUUCUGGCCCCAACAGUCCAGGAGUUGGCUAACCUCGAGAGAGAAGCCCAGACCUCCUUCCUCCACCUGGCAUACAUGCCAAACCAGCUUUUCAGAGCCUUUUAAAUGCAUCCCAACUAGCUGAUAAUACAGAAUAAUCAAAAAUGGAACAGUUUUGCAUGUUGCGUCAACAGGAUUUGUAGUCAAUUUUGCAAUAAAGCAGCAAUGUUCAGUUAUAUUUCAAGGUUUUUUCCACUGCCAUAACUACAUAAACAUAACUUAGAUGGAAUUUAUAUUAAAUUGUGUAAAAUGCCCACAGUUCACUGAGUUUUCCAACUUUCUCUACAGUCUGCAUCCAGAGGACAACUGGACCCCUGAUUUCUGUUUAGUUGUCUAGUUUGUCCUGGAAAAGUUAGAAUUGUAAUUUGUGUUUUGGAAACUGAAAGCUUGUUUGCGUUUGUUGAAAAUUUUUGAAGGACCCCAGAUGCCAUUGCUUCACUGCUUGCAAAAUAUUACAGAAUUAAAUUAUCAGCUAAUGUUAACACUAAUGGUUGGAUUUUGGCUUUUUGUUUUCUGAUGAAUAGAACUAAAUAAAAUAUUUUAGUUUCCUUGAGUAAUUGGUUAAAGGUCAAUGUAUGUAAGUGACUUGAUGUCUUCUUUUCUGAAAUAAAUAGUAAGCUGUUCA